ACGUUUGCUACAAAUACCGCCAAGUCAAAUAACUCGUUCAUUUCCAAUGGGCGCGAAUGGCACUACACGCACACAGCUUACACCAAAACGAAUGACAACAGCACACAAUAACAUUAAAAGACAACAACAACAAGCAAGAGCAAAAGUAGCAAGAACAUACUGCAUGCGAGUAGUUGGUUGCAGGGAGUACUUGACUUGAUUCCUCGCCAGAACCAUCGCCAUCGCCAGCGCCGACUCGUCGUCAAUCGCAAUGUGGCAGUCGUGUGAAGUGAACGCGUAAAACGCAACGCUUGUGAAAAAUGUUAACUUUGCGUUGCAAUAUACUUUAAAAGUUGUGUGUUUUUCUGCUUUUUUGUGACAUUAACAACGCGUUGCGACCAAUUACGUUGUCUUAUUGAAGUGAAGUGGCGUAAAAACGGUGCGAAAACGAAGUAAAAAUGAUUAAGCAGUAUUGAUUAAGAAAAUGCAAAAUUAUGUAAAUCAAUUUGGUCAAAGCGCAAAGAAAAUUAGGAAAAAGAAGUAAUCACUCAUAUAUGCGUGUGUGUGUAUGUGUGCGCGUUACUUAUGCGCUUAAAGUACAUUUUAUCGUGCAAUGAGUUGAGUUUGGCAAAAAGUUCGUUGUGAAAAAUUUGCCACAAACACGCAGCGUGUGCUGGUAUGUAAGUGUCAAGUAAAAAAAAAUAUAAAAAUUGCGAAUUUCUUAAGUGCUUGCAAUACGAUAUUGUGUAAAAUGUGGAAAUAAGGGCAGUAGUGGCUAUCGAGAAAAGUUUUUUUCCUUCAUUUUACUCCCCAUUUUCGAACUCGCUGCAGUAAAACGCACCCACCACCUUUGGGCAGCCAGCGCUUUCGCUGCGCUUCGUCUCGCCUCGCCAAUACGUACUUGUCACACGAAACGCAAACACACCCACUCCACACGACGGCUCAAAAUUUGUUUUUUCCCCGCACCCUUUUAUACCGCUGACGCUGUAGUUGCUGCUGCUGCUGCUUCUUCUUCACCGCUUGUCCUUUGCGAACUGCUGCGAAGCGUGGACGAUGUUACGUUGGUUAUUCAAUUAUGUGCAGAGUGCAAUAAUAUAUGGAAAAGCAAGUUAUUUAUUAUAGAAAAAAUAUUAAAAAAAAUUGUUGCAAGCAAUUCGUUUGAAGAAAUAAUAAAGAGCUGCAAUAGUGACGCGCUGUGCAAAAAAAAAAUUAGAAAAAAUACCGUAAAAUGCAUGAAAUAUAACUACAGUUAUUGGCAAAAUAUGCCGAAAAUUGCUAUGUACCGUUUGAUUGAUGUGCUGCAUUGCUGCGCGUGAAUUCGCAUGAUUGAUGAUAAGCGAAGAAUUGAUUUUGUUACAUUGUGGCGUCAAAAAUUAUCAGUAUCAGAGUUUCGAAAUAUAUAUAAAAUACAGGUAAAUUAAGCCAAACUGGUUUCUAGUAAACGCUGUAGUAGCUAAUAUUAUGUAUACAGAUAUGUGUAGAAUGUUCCAAACAGAAACAAAAUGAUAAAUAAGGAAUCUAAUAAAAAAUACACACAAGUGACAGCGGUAACCCGUACUUUAAUUAUACCCACAACAAAAGCGAAUAGUAAAAAUGUAACAACAACCCAAAUAUCGUUAUAGUCUUCCAAGAAACUAACACAAAACAACAAAAACAAACUUCUGUUCACAUGUCCACAAGACCAACGAUGGAAAAUAUUGUGGAAAUUCACAGCAGUUACAACAACAAACGGCAACUUUUCCAUGCUACGAUUCAGAAAGAGUUUGCAACACUAGCGACGAGUACGAGUGAAAAUUUACAGUGCAACAACAACAAAAAUAAUAUACACAAAAGCAACUGUAGCAGAACCACAACCACUACACACAACGAAUAUAUUGGACAACAACAAAAGCAACAACCAAAUCAACGACUAGUACCAAUUCGGCGAGAGCAACUGUAUUAUGCACGACAUGCGAGCGCGGCAGCGGCAACAACACAUACACAACAACAACAACAGCCACAGCUAACGCCCACUGUCGACUAUUUUCGCUUCUCUGCUCUGUAUGCACUUGUAGCGACUUCCGCUACAGCAGCCGCGUGCAACAUGCGUGAAACAUACGCGUGCGUGACUGCGUACGCUGAAGAUGCCGAUGUCGUAGCUGAUAUUAAUGACUAUAUGCCACACAACCAUAAUACACGACAGCGUUGUGUACACGGCGCCAGCAUUUUGCAUGCGAGACGUUGCCAUAAAAGCCUUACACAAACACACUUCAGCAAAUUUUUGCGCACCACAUGCCUCCGGAGUGGUGGCGGUGACGGUGUACGACAUGAUGCCGACGCAGGUGAUGUCAGCGGUUGUGGACUCUACAGUGCGUUUGGUACUGCCACCGGAAGCGGAACCACGUAUGCUGGUAGUGGCCUCGAUACACGUAGCAUUUUCUAUUUAACGCUCGUAUUUUUCAUCUAUUGUACUGUAAUGAUGCGCGCCUCCGUCGCGGCGACAGCUAUUGCCAAUGCGACAAUGCAUAGCAAUAAUAGUAAUAGCGUUGCCAAUGAUGCGCUCUCUGCGGGGGCAGUCGCUUUGUCGUCCUUUGCUGCUGAUCCUAUUGCGGAAAAUGUGACGAAAAGCAAUGUAAUAGUGAUUGACAACAGUGCCCAAGACACAGCGUCAGUCUCAUCGCCUAAAACUAUGCACAAUACUAUAACAAAGCCAUCACCUGUCGCCGUUAACUUGACAACUGCUGUUGUGAAUGCUUCAUUGUUAGCAACAGCUAAUGCGUCAGCCGACUUUGUGGUGUACGCGAACGACACCAGCCUAGCGAAAGUGCAGCGCGUUACAAAGCGCGAUACCGCUCAUGUGCCUGAUGAUGAGGAUGAUUCCGCCUAUCACGAUGACGAAUUUGAUGAAUACGAGGCUUUAAUUAACAAUAGAUCUGCUAAGGGCAAAUAUAUCGGUGCUCCCUGCUUCAACAACAUGACAUGCGAAACUUCAUUAAUUCAUGUCACCUGUGAUAGGGAGACAAAGAUUUGCGGCUGUGAAAGAAAUUACCCAGUGCAGCUUGGACUGACAAAAGGUUGCGAUAAACCGAAAAAACUGGGCGAACAGUGUUUCUACGAUGAAACCUGCAUGUUUAGCGACGAAAAUUCCCUUUGUGUUCAAGUGCGACACAAUGCCAUGUGUCAAUGUGCGAAUGGUUUUCACUCGGUUAGUCACACGAAGCCAACACGACGUGUUUUUUGCACGAAAGACUUAAAGGAAUUAAAUUCUGAUCUGCCUACUCUACUGGGUGUCGCAACGGGCAUAGCCGUGCUUACCGGUCUUAUCUGCAUGGUAUUACAUCUAUUUACCAAAACGAAGUAUCCACGUCCUCGAAACUUUGGCGAUGCGAAUCUACCGCCACCGAUAAUGUAUUCUAGCGAGACAGGUAUACCAUUGACAGUACAAUCGGGUCGACCAUCAUCACGUUCCAGUUUACGUUCGAGCGGCUCAAUCGGUUCCUAUGGCAAUCGACGCGCCUCAUCCGGUGGCGCUACAGCUGGUGUGCAUGGUAUGGGUGGUGGUGGCGGUGGCGGCAGUAGCGGUACGAAAGGCAUACUCGUCUCUACAUCACGUACAGGUUCUCGAAGACCAAGUCUAGCGUCGGUUCAUAGUACUAGUUCGUCUGUGCGUAGUUAUAGUAUGAUGCGUUUCGAGAAGGAGGUCCAACAGAAGGAGAUACGUCAGGAGAUGAAAUUACGUUUGGCACGUCUGCAACAACAACAACAUCUUAAUCAAAAUAAACCGCAAAUUGUAAUUGGCGACACGCUACAACAUCAUAUGAGCGCUGCGUCGGCGCUAAGUCGCUUGAGCGGUAUGCCAACACCGAGUCCAUUAACUCCAAAUUCUACAGAUGAACUACUACCAUCGGUGGAUGAGUUGCAAGAGUAUCCACCGAAAAGUGACGAUCUAGCAACAACCAUACACAAAAUGGCCGCUGACAGCGUGGCCGCUUCUACGCUUACCGCGAUAAAGCAAGCAGCAAUCGGCACUAGCAUCGCCUUAACAACAACCAUGGGCGCCACAACAAUGGCUACGAGCUCGGCUGCCAGCGGUGGUGGCAGCUUGGUGACACCGGGUACACCAUCGGAUGUGGUUGGCGCUGCUGCCUAUAUAGGACCCUGUAGUUCAUCGACUGAAGCACUCUAAAAGAGGUACACUUAAGCGUUACAAUAAAAGCGUUACACACACAAAUAAUAGUUUAGCAAAAUAAAAAAAAAGGAUCUUAGACAGGCAGUAGAAAUUAACGAAUUUGCCAGCAAUGAAAAUUUAGAGGCUUCAAAUCGUAAAAAAAUAUACAUAUAGUAUCUAUUUAAGUAUGAAAUAACAGUAUAGCAUAUAUAACGGUUUUGUACGACUCGUACUACACGGGUGUUUACAGGCGCGUGCGCAAAACUUGAACGAUCAGUGGCGCAAACUUUAUACUUGUAUUUGUGGUGAGUUAUGAUUUCGAAAUUAAAAGAAAAUGCGAAAUGAAAUUAGCAACAUGAAGUGCGUUUUGCUUAAAUACUUAGACAUAAUUAAUAAGCUAAUUUUUUAUGCAGCCGUUGUUGUAGGUUAGGCUAGUUUAGCGUUAACUGUAAUUAAAUGCGACUUAAUUGUAACGGUUUAAUGUUUGUAUAACAUAAAAAUAGGCAUUAUAGCGUUUUCAUAAUUGUUCCCUAUAUUGAAUUUAUUACUAACACACCCGCAAAUGUAAAUAUCUAACGGUUUUUAUUUAAAAAAAAAAAUAACUGUACUUAAAAGUUCUUGUUACCACUGUAAUAGACCGUACUAAAACCCCAUAAAUGCCUAAAAGUUUUUAUUGUAAUUUUUUUUAGUUCUUGGUAGUAUUACAACGCUUUAACUAUGGUUGUCCUUGAUCUGCCUCCAGCACCCACAAAUGUGGUUUCACUUGAACUCUCAGUUUUCGUAUGAAAGCGUAGAUACGAUGAAAAUAUUUGUAAUAUAUUUAAACUAAGCAAUAGACAGAAAAAAUGUGGAACUGGCGCAGAACAUCUUUAUAACAUACAUUUUCUGAUUUGAAGCGAUCCUUCCUUGAAACUUACGGCUAAUGUAAACUACUUUUCUUACUUUUAGAAUUGGUUAUAUAUUUCU